GCGGGAGCGAGGAGCGCAGCGCUGCGCCGCGCCCGCCGCUCGGAGACAGACGCCGCAGAGGCCCCGCGCGCCGGCGAUGCACUAUCGGAGCACGGCGCUGCACCUGCUCGCGGGAGGAUGUGGCGGUACAGCUGGAGCCAUCCUGACCUGCCCCCUGGAAGUGGUGAAGACACGUCUGCAGUCAUCCUCGUUGGCCCUGCGCCCGCUUUGCCUCCCUGAGGUGCAGCUGCAGGGGCUGAAUGGAGGGUUUGUGCGUCCAGCCUUACCCUCCCCUGGUGUGCUCCAGCUAAUGAGGGCCAUCCUGGAGAAGGAAGGAGUCCGCUCCCUCUUCCGAGGCCUGGGUCCCAACCUUGUUGGAGUUGCCCCCUCCAGGGCCAUCUAUUUUGCUGCCUAUGCUGGGGCUAAGGAGAAGCUCAAUGUUGUCUUCGUGCCCGAGUCCAAGAAAGUUCAUGUGCUCUCAGCAGUCUGUGCAGGGGUCACCUCUGCCACACUUACCAAUCCCAUCUGGCUGGUGAAAACCAGGAUGCAGCUGGAAGCCAGGGCAAGGGAGGAGAAGCGCAGUAACGCUCUCCAGUGUGCCAUACGAGUGUACCGCACUGAGGGCCUGUGGGGAUUUUACCGUGGAAUCAGUGCCUCCUAUGCUGGAGUCUCCGAGACCGUCAUCCAUUUUGUCAUCUAUGAGGCGCUGAAACAACAGCUGAGGGAGCAGCAGCCAUUCCUCCCAACAGCCUUUGCACUUGCACCAAACAGCCGUGAUUUCUUUGGACUCAUGGCAGCUGCUGCCAUCUCCAAGACAUGUGCCUCAUGUAUUGCGUACCCACAUGAGGUUGUCCGGACACGGUUGCGAGAAGAAGGGUCCCGCUAUCGCUCCUUUGUGCAGACCCUGCGGCUGGUGGUCCAAGAAGAGGGACCCCUGGCUCUGUACCGAGGACUCCUGGCCCAGAUGAUGCGCCAGAUCCCCAACACAGCUAUCAUGAUGGCUACCUAUGAACUGAUCAUCCACUUGGCCACCGAAGUGUGACCUUGCACAAAUGCACCAGCCCCUUGUUGAGGCUGCUGGCUGUGCACAGGAGAGCUAAAGUCUUGUGACUUGACAUGUUUUUCCUGUUCCACAAGGUAGUGCUGGUCACUCUGUAGCAGGAGGUCUGUGUGGUGAUGACCUUGUGUGUGGCAGUCUGCUGACAGGUUGCAGUGUUCUCAGCCAGAGCGGUGGUUCUGCAUGGGGCGUGACCUCUAGCAUCAACCUCCAGAAAGUGUAACUGGUCUGAUGCUCUGAGGUGGCAGUAAAUCAGCUAGAAUAUGUGCAGUGGGGGCUCCCAGUGCAAAGCACAAGGGCAUGGAGUUCAGUGGGGAAAGAUAAAGGAGGAUAAAUAAAUUAUGACAAACAAAAAAAAGGAGGCAGGAUGCUAAUGAAGCAAGUGCAUAUUUCAGCCCUUCUAGUGUCCCCAGCUGGUCAUCCCCAUCACUAGAAAGUACAUGUAUAGUUAACAACCCCAGGAGCUCCACUCUUCUUGGGCCUGGCCUGUGGGCAUAGCUGGAUAUGUAGUCAGUGGACAGGGGAAGUAAACAAAUCUGAAGGAAAUUAUGCAGCAAGCAGAGGUCUUGUGAUAUGGCCUUCAGCCACUCUCUAGGAUUCUGCACAGAGUCAAGGUCUCUACAUAGAGUCCUAGCCCCUACACUGCCUUCUUUCAAAGGAUUCUCCAAACCUGACUGAUAGACAUCCUAGUGCAUGGUACUUGGCAGGCAUCUUACAUCAUCUCCUUAGGGGAGCAGUCACCUGUGGAAAGAAUCAUACAGCUGAACAAAUAACUCUGCCUUUCUGCCCUCCUUAAAAGAGAGGCCAGGGCAGGGUGUUAGAAUGCAGCCCCAUGUAUCAAGAGAAGCAGGAAGCAUCCUGGCAGGGGGCGCUCUGGCCUGGGCUGCUUGUGUUACUAUAGGCCCUAUCUAUUCCUCUCUCAGGUCUGUUCUCUGCAGGGGCAGGGAAGGAGCCUGCAAGGGCCCAGCUCUGCCUUCCUCUACUGGAGGUACUGAGAUAUAAGAACCAAGCUGGAUGCCUGGUGUGUGAAACAUGCUGUUUUGUCCCCGUGAAUGUCAUUUAGAGGGUGGAUGCCGGUGUUGAAGUUGAGGGAUUUGUUAAUACACUCAGUGUAUGGAAAAAAUAAGACUAUAAAUUAAAAACAUCAAAUCUG